GACAUUUGGGCCUUAUAGAUUAUGGGCUUGUUCACAAAUAAGGCCCAUGCAAGCCCAAUAUGAAAUCUAAGAAGAAAUGAAAUGAAUGAAACCCUAUUCACUUCUUCGUAGUUUCAGUUUCAGAGCUCGAACUCCUUCCUCUAAUGGAAGUUUUCUUCAGCGGAAACCACUUUUAAGCCCUCACACCUCAAAUCUCGAAAUCCUAGGGAUUUUCUCCGCCAUGGAAGAAGUCUCCGAAGGAAAGGAAUUCUCUUUCCCUCUCCAGGAAGAGAGAAGAUCAUCUCUUUUUGGACCAAAAUUGACGCCUUCAUGACCCAGCUUGAACGAACGAAGAACCUGUCUGAGUACAUCUUCUACGAUGGUCCACCAUUUGCCACAGGUCUCCCUCACUACGGACACAUCCUCGCCGGAACAAUCAAGGACAUCGUCACGCGUUUCAAAAAUGAUUACAAGACGAUGGAUUCGUCGUUUAUGGAGAGUGUCUGGUGGGUUUUUGCGCAGCUUUGGGAUAAGGGGCUUGUUUACAGAGCUUCAAGGAAAUGCGAGGUUUGCAUCUGGGCUCCAGACGUAUUUGUUAUCGAGGGAUCAUUCGAAUUUGAAAUCCGAGUUCCAGGGCACGGGUGGAAAGAUCACUGUAAACUGCAUUGAAAACCAGCCUGAUGUGGCUGUGGCUCUAGGAAAACAUGUGUUCUUGAGGGUGGGGGGAAAUUAGGGGUGGCCAAUUCGGUUAUUAACCCAAUAACC